GUUAGCGUCGGAAACCCUAUAAAUGACGCCGACCUUCUGAAUUCUUUCCUUUUGCUACGGGACUUUUGAAGGAGACGCCUGAAGGAGCCUAACGCCUCGGAAGGUUUGAACCUGUGGAGAAGUCUACUUUGCAAAACUUGCUGAAGAAGCGCUUGGUGAAUUACGCACUUGCUGAAGAAUCCCAAAACCCACGAAAGAUGGAUCCUGGCCAGGAGAAGGACCCGCAGGGGGAUCAGCUGGAAGCUCAUAGUGUAGGUCUUCCAGCAGACGGAUCCCCAACGUUGAAGGAACAUCCAGACGAUGGUAAGGAUCUUGGUAAGGUGUGGUCAAAUGUUUUCCAAGAAAUCAUGUCAGACAACAUGGUUUCUGGAGAUCAUGAAGAGGAGUCGAGGUGUAGUUCACCUCCGCAGUCUGUUGACUGUAGUACCAGCUCCAGUGGUAGCUCCAGUCAAGAUGACUGGGCUAGCAGUUUCAGUGGUAGCUGUAUUAGCAGCUCCAGUCGUAGCUCUAUUACCAUCUUCAGUGAAGAUGAGGUAGGUAGUGACUGGACUAGCAGUUACGGUAAUAUCAGUACUACCAGCUGCAGUCCAACAGUAGACCGUCCUUACGCUGAGCUCGAGAUGGCUCAGAAGCUUCAAGAGGGCAUUUUUCAAUUGACCUCACUUGAAGAGCCUGUUUUGAGUCCAGAUGACUGCAGACCUUUUGGUAUCUCGCAACGUCAUCAGGUAGGUUUGGUAGGGGAUGUGACUCGUGUGACAUCUGCGACCGGCAUAAGCAGAAAGAGGACAAAGGACAGUGACUCUGAAGAGGAGCCCCCUGCCAAGAGGACCAGGGACAGUGAUGCUGAAGAGGAGCCCCCUGCCAAGAGGACCAGGGACAGUUUUGAUGAAGAGGAGCCCCCUUCCCUCGCCUAUGCCAUUCUCGGUGGAUCCCAUGUUUUCACCCUUCAGUCUUUCACCUAA